AUAAUGCUUGUAAGCCAGACGUGAAGGUGGCUCAACAGAGCAACAUCGGGAAAUCUGGCAGACUGGAAGAGAACAGCUGCCCCCCAGGGCAGCUGCGAAGUGUGAAGCAUGGAGGAAAGUAAGAAUGAGAAGGUGAACCAGGCUCAUGUUCUCUUUGACAGAUUUGUCCAGGCUUCAACCUGCAAGGGGACUCUCAAGGCUUUCCAAGAGCUCUGUGACUACCUAGAACUAAAGCCCAAGGACUAUCGUUCUUUCUACCACAAACUCAAGUCCAAGCUAAAUUACUGGAAAGCCAAAGCCUUGUGGGCCAAAUUGGAUAAAAGAGGCAGCCAUAAGGACUAUAAGAAGGGGAAAGCGUGCGCCAACACGAAGUGUCUGAUAAUUGGGGCUGGACCCUGUGGCCUUCGUACAGCCAUCGACCUAUCAUUCCUAGGAGCCAAGGUGGUGGUCAUAGAAAAGAGGGAUGCCUUUUCCCGCAAUAAUGUGCUGCAUUUGUGGCCAUUCACCAUACAUGACUUGAGGGGUCUUGGCGCCAAAAAGUUUUACGGCAAAUUCUGUGCAGGAUCCAUAGACCAUAUCAGUAUCCGUCAGCUCCAGCUUAUCCUUUUGAAGGUUGCCUUGAUCUUGGGAAUAGAGAUCCAUGUCAAUGUGGAAUUUCAGGGGCUUGUUUACCCUCCAGAGGACCAGGAGAAUGAAAGAAUAGGUUGGCGUGCAUUGGUCCACCCAAAAACCCAUCCAGUAUCUGAGUAUGAGUUUGAAGUAAUCAUCGGAGGGGAUGGCAGGAGGAACACCUUAGAAGGGUUUCGCCGAAAAGAGUUCCGUGGUAAACUAGCAAUUGCUAUCACAGCAAACUUCAUCAAUCGCAACACCACAGCUGAAGCCAAAGUAGAAGAGAUCAGCGGUGUGGCCUUCAUAUUCAACCAGAAGUUCUUCCAGGAUCUACGAGAAGCCACAGGUAUUGACUUGGAGAACAUUGUCUACUACAAAGAUGAUACACACUACUUUGUCAUGACUGCCAAAAAACAGAGCUUGCUGGAAAAAGGAGUGAUACGGCAUGAUUAUGCGGACACAGAGUUAUUACUCUCACGGGAGAAUGUGGACCAGGAGGCUCUGCUAAACUAUGCCAGAGAAGCAGCUGACUUCUCCACUAAUCAGCAGCUGCCAUCACUGGACUUUGCCAUCAAUCACUAUGGUCAGCCAGAUGUGGCCAUGUUUGACUUCACGUGCAUGUAUGCAUCAGAGAACGCAGCCCUGGUGCGAGAGCAGAAUGGCCACCAGUUACUUGUGGCACUGGUUGGGGACAGUCUCUUAGAGCCAUUUUGGCCGAUGGGAACUGGAAUAGCCAGGGGAUUUUUGGCUGCAAUGGACUCUGCUUGGAUGGUACGAAGUUGGUCACUCGGAGCUAGUCCUUUGGAAGUUCUUGCAGAGAGGGAAAGCAUUUAUAGGCUACUGCCUCAGACCACCCCUGAGAAUGUGAGUAAAAACUUCAGCCAUUACAGCAUUGAUCCCGCCACCCGGUAUCCCAACAUCAACGUCAACUUCUUGCGGCCACAGCAGGUACGCCACUUGUAUAAUACAGGAGACUUGAAAGACAUUCACCUGGAAAUAGAGAACUUUGUGAACUCCAGGACACCAAAGCUGACUCGGAAUGAGUCUGUAGCUCGCUCUAGUAAAUUGCUCAGUUGGUGCCAGAGGCAGACCGAUGGAUAUGCUGGUGUAAAUGUGACAGAUCUCACGAUGUCAUGGAAAAGUGGCCUAGCUUUGUGUUCCAUUAUCCACAGAUACCGUCCAGACUUAAUAGACUUUGAUUCUUUGGAUGAGCACAAUGUGGAGAAGAAUAACCAGCUGGCCUUUGACAUUGCUGAAAAAGAGUUUGGAAUAUCUCCCAUUAUGACUGGAAAGGAAAUGGCAUCUGUCGGAGAGCCAGAUAAACUGUCGAUGGUGAUGUACCUCACACAGUUCUAUGAGAUGUUCAAAGACACCAUCCCCUCUAGCGAUAGUCUGGACCUGAAUUCAGAAGAAAAAGCUGCCCUAAUUGCCAGUACCAAAUCGCCCAUCUCUUUUCUCAGUAAACUGGGACAAAGCAUCUCUCGUAAACGCACUCCAAAGGACAAAAAAGAGAAGGAACUGGAUGGUGCAGGAAAGAGGAGAAAAACCAGCCAAUCUGAGGAUGAGGACAUCCCGCGAAGCUACAGAGAAGAAAGGCCCACACUGGUGAGCGCCCUGACAGAGAGGAGAAUUGAUGCUGCCAUCGGGAAUCAGAACAAAGUCAAGUCUAUGGCAACCCAGCUACUGGCCAAGUUUGAGGAGAAUGCACCAGUGCAGUCCUCAAGCUUACGAAGACAGCAACCUGUCCUGCCUUAUCAAGAGCGUGUUCACAACCAACCAUCCAGCAGACGAGAGCAGGGCCGUCUUGCUCCCAUACCCCAGUGGAAACAGCUGAGGAAUAAGGAACGUUCUCGGACCUGCCCCAAAAAAGUGAUCAUGCUCUCUUCUUCCACUCCACCUUCCUCUCCACCGUAUCCCAGGCAGCAGAGAAACAGGGAACCUGGUGCCGACUGUCCCGGGGAGCAGAGUCCCAGACAGGAAAGGAGAUCUCUUCGUUUAUUUUCUGAUGACCAAGUGCCUGAGAAUGUUGAGCAAAGGGCAUGUCAGCUGGCUGCCCUCCUGGAGUCCAGACCUGCAGUGAGGCAUCAGCCUGAGACUGAACCGUCUCGCCGAUUCUUUGUUGACCAGUGGGAGCUCUCCCUUAGCCUCCGUUCUUCUAAUCGCCCUUCUUCGCCUUCAUCUGACUCUCUUCGACAGAAGUAUAUAAAGAUGUACACAGGCGGAGUGAGCUCAUUGGCUGAGCAGAUAGCCAAUCAGCUUCAAAGGAAAGAGCAACCCAAAACCCUUCUAGACAAGAAGGAACUGGGCUCGCUCAAAAAGGAGUUCCCCCAAAACCUGGGAGGCAGUGAUGUCUGUUACUUCUGCCGCAAGCGAGUCUAUGUGAUGGAAAGGCUGAGUGCUGAAGGCAAGUUCUUCCACCGCAGUUGCUUCAAGUGUGAAUACUGUGCGACAACUCUGCGCUUGUCAUCUUACGCCUAUGAUAUUGAAGAUGGUAAAUUCUACUGUAAGCCUCACUACUGUUACCGACUCUCUGGUUAUGCUCAAAGGAAGAGGCCAGCAGUGGGUCCUCUGUCAGGAAAGGACACCAAAGGACCUCUGCAGGACACCAUGGCAAGUGAUGGAAGUGGACGGGCAAAUACCAUCUCCACCUCAGCAGAAAGGGCCCCAGGUUCUAAUGUAAAUGGGCUGGAAGAGCCCAGCCUUGCUAAGCGGCUGCGUGGCACGCCUGAGCGGAUUGAGCUGGAGAACUACCGACUGUCACUGCAGCGGGAAGAAGAACUGGAAGAGGUUCCUGAAGAGACGCUAGCAGAGCAUAACCUGAGCAGUGUGUUGGACAAAGGAACAGAAGAGGAUGUGCCCAGCAGUAGUUCAGAGUCUGAGAUGGAGGAGGAAGAUGAGGAGGAAGAAGACGAACUACUGCUGCCUCAGCAACCCCCUUCAGACUUGGGUGGUGUGCCAUGGAAAGAGGCUGUGCGUAUUCAUGCCCUCCUGAAGGGAAAGAGUGAAGAAGAGAUUGAGGCUGAGGAAAAUCAUGAGAUUGAGGACAAAGAGGAGGAGGAGGAGGAGGAGGAGGAGGAGGAGGAGGAGGAGGAGGAGGAGGAGGAAGACGAAGAGGAGGAAGACGAGGAGUCGAGCGAAGAGGGGGAGUAUUGCCCUUGGGAGAGAGAGCUGCAGCAAGGCCUCUGGCUUCAACGUCUCUCAAAUGAAGAGGACACGGGUACAUUUAAAGCUGGAAACCUUAGCCUGCAGCAGAUUGUAAAUCCGGUUGAUCCUCUGGAGAUCCUGGCAGAUGUUCACUGGACACACAUCCGUGAAAAAGAGGAGGAGGAAAAAAUGGUCCCAACUUCAAAGUCCUCCACCUCCAGAGCAUCCGACCUUCCCUCCGUACGCCAUGAGGCGGUACAGGCGUGGCUGGAGACGGUCCCUGGAGCUCCAUGUGAGGAUAAUGAUGUGGAGGAUGAGCUGGGCACAGAGCCUGCAGACACAGAAGGGCAGGCAGGUGAAGAAGGAGACACGGGUGCAGAGCUGGAUGACGAUGACAUCCCGUCUGAUGCAGAAGCGGAGUUUCGCUUACAUCAGGGUGGCGUAGAAGAGCCAGAACUAAAAGUCUCUGAAGAUGAAGAUGAAGAAGAAGGAGCAGAAAGUGCUUCUUGCAGUGUGACAGAAGAUCCAUGCAAGCCAUCCAUCCCUAUCCAGUCAUCUAGUGACAGUGUUCUUCCUCUGUCUCCAGUUGAUAGUCCCAAAGCAAAACAAGCAGAGGAUGUAAAAGAUCCCCUGGCUGAAGUAUCCCAUGCAAUAAAAUCUCCAGAGGCACGCUUUUUUCCUGAGCCUUUCAUUCUUGAAGAAGGACCAAAGGAUGAAAUGCCCAAAGACAGGAAAGUUAAGAGCCCUUUGGUGCCACCAUCUCCAGUGCUAUCCCAGCCAGUUGCAUCACCAGAAGCCAUUGCACCUACAUCACUAGCAGAGUCUCAGCCAGCAGCACCAACAUUGGCUUCAUCCCCAACAUCUGCUCAAAUGCCUAUCUGUUCCCAGCCUUUGCCUUCUGCCGAAACAUCCAUUCCAUCCCCAGUGGAGCCUCCAGUAUGUUUCCAACCUGUCCCAGCCUUAACAUCUACUCCUUUAGCCAAACUGGUCCUUAGGGGUCAGGAUAGUGAGGUGGAAAAACUGGGGAGCCCUACUACUGCUGAAGAAGCCCUGAAACGGAGUAACCUUGUGGAAGAGUUCUGGAUGAAGAGUGCUGAAAUCCGGAGGAGCUUAGGGCUCACUCCAGUAGACAGAAACAAACGCUUAGAGACAAACUUUACUGUAUCUGCCCUUGAGACAACUCCUCUCAAGACUUUUAAUAGCGAGAAUGUUUCAGGGGAUGAAAGGAUCCAUCUUGUGAAACCCCAGCCUGCCCCAAGAAGACAGGGACUGUCCAAGUUAGAAAACGAGCAGAUUUCUCUGCUCACUCCAAAAUCUCCAUCAGAAAAAGAGCUAAAGAGUUCCAGUGAAGUAAGGAGAGAUGUAUCCAGCAGUUCUGGACUUGGCCUUCAGGAGAGCUCAUCUAACAUGAGAACUAUGGCUAGCCAGAGCUUCAACACUUCUGACUCUACCAUGCUUACUCCUCCAUCAAGUCCGCCACCACCACCUCCUCAGGGUGAAGAACCAGCCACUUUGCGUAGAAAGAGGCAUCAAGCAGUCUGGCAGAAUGAGGUUGAAGCCAGGUCACCUCCAACACCAGCAUCAACACCUCCUGUUCCCCCACGCCACGAGCCGACCUCUGCUGCCAAAGAGUCAACCCAGGCCAAAAAAGAUGACGUGAGGAAGUCUUUUGCAGAGAGUGUGGAUGAGAUUCCAUUUGCUGAUGAUGUAGAAGACACAUAUGAUGACAGGACAGAGGACUCAAGCCUUCAUGAGAAGUUCUUUACACCUCCUACCAGUAGGCCAAGGCCAGAGAAACCACUUCUUUUGCCCUUGGUCAAAGAAAAUGGUGGUCCACCCUCAAUGGAAGGAGGGGUUAACCAAAAGAAGAGAGUGUUGCCUGAAAUUUCUGUGGAGGCCAAGGAGCUUGCUGAAGAAAGAAUGAGAGCCAGAGAGAAGUCUGUCAAGAGCCAAGCACUGCGUGAUGCCAUGGCUAAACAGUUGUGUAAGAUGAAAGAUAUGGAGAUGGCUGCAGCUGCUGCUGCUGGGACCACAAGGGCACGAAAGGCAUCUUCUAUGCCCUUGAAGACCAAAGAGUUGUUUUAUGACUCUCCAAAGCAUCUGGCCUUGAAAAUAGCAGAGGGAUCCACACGAAAGCAUGAUGCUGCUAGUGAGAAGUUCUCCACUCCUGCUGCUGAUGUGGCUGGACCUGAAGGGUCUGUCACCUCUUCAGAAGGCUCCAGUGGGAAGAGUAAGAAAAGAACUUCCCUCUUCUCCCCUCGUAAGAACAAAAAGGAGAAGAAAUCCAAAAAUGACAGCAGGCUUUCCGACAAAUCUAGUGGUGGGACAGAGGAAGCAACAAAACCUAGGUCGUUAUGGAAGUCUGUUUUCUCUGGGUACAAGAAAGACAAGAAGAAAAAGACUGAUGACAAAUCCUGCCCAAGUACUCCCUCAAGUAGUGCCACUGUGGAUUCUGGCAAGCACAAAGCUUCUCCAUUGGUUACAGCUGCAGAUUUGCAGCUCCGUCAACACCUGAGUUUCUCAGAGGACUCCGACCUCUCCAGUGACGAUAUUCUGGAACGCUCCUCCCAGAAAUCCAAGCGAGAGUCGAUUUAUGUACCACACGCCUUGGCAUUCAAGAGAUCAUAUUCGUCAAAGAGAGCCUACACAGAAGAGGAACUGAAUGCCAAGCUGACCCGGCGAGUACAGAAAGCCGCCCGUAGACAAGCCAAGCAAGAGGAGCUAAAGAGGUUACACAGAGCUCAGAUCAUCCAGCGGCAGCUUGAACAAGUGGAAGAGAAGCAGAGGCAACUCGAAGAGAGAGGAGUUGCUGUGGAGAAGGCCCUUCGGGGAGAAGCAGACUAUUGGGGAGAGUCUUAUUACAGUGACCUCAUCGACUUGCAUCUGGGUGUUGAGCCCAAUGCCGGGACACCACGUCGUAGACCUCUCUCCUUCUGCCCUUGCUGUGCCCAUGAAGGCAUGGGUAAGAAGGAUGACCCCAAGCUGAUGCAGGAGUGGUUCAAGCUGGUGCAGGAGAAGAAUGCCUUGGUUCGCUACGAGUCCGAACUGAUGAUAUUCGCUCGGGAGCUAGAACUGGAAGACAGGCAGAGUCGAUUACAGCAGGAACUCCGGGAGAGGAUGGCAGUAGAAGAUCAUCUGAAGACAGAUGAGGAGCUCUCAGAGGAGAAGAGGAUCCUGAACGAGAUGCUAGAAGUAGUGGAGCAGAGAGAUUCUCUUGUGGCUCUCCUUGAGGAGCAACGGCUUCGAGAAAAAGAAGAAGACAAGGACCUGGAGGCAGUCAUGCUUUCCAAAGGUUUUAGCUUGAACUGGUCCUGAGCUUAACACAUUUACCUCUGCUGGUCUGUGUUGUCCAGUUGGCCUACCCUGAGUUCGCCAGAAUUACAUGGAUAGGAAGAUGUUGAAGGGGAAACCUCCGAAGGGUCCAACAGCAUGCAGGGAUUUGGUUUGAAGCACUCAGAAGCCUUUUGAUAAGUGCGUUGGUUCCAGAAGCUUAAGUUUUACAUGUCUGCAAGCCAAGUUGAAGAUAAUGAGUUGAGACUGUGGAGUCUCCUUGAGGUCCUACACAAUGGACUGUAUUUUGUGUGUGUGGUAGGAGGGAGAGGAAUAAUCCAUGUGUGGGGAAGGAGGUUAAGGGAAGAAGUACCCUUAACUAAACUGGAUUUAUGGCAGUCCAUUCCUUUCCUGUUUUUACUACACCAGUUCUAAUAAAAGGGAGGGAAGUGGCAACCCUCUCUGGAAAACCACAGCAGCCUGUAGCAGCCUGUAUGGUGGAGUCAGCUGUCCGAGAGAGCUCCAGAAGCCCAGGGCAACACUUUCUUCGCUUUAGUCUUCCUCCCCACCAAAGAAACCUGCAGUUGAUCAUUAUGCAUGGAUAUGAAGAAAUAUGAGACAGAGAAGAUAUUACUAGUAUGUGUGAUGGAACACUCUGCCUCCUGGUUUUUGAGAGAGAUGUGGGCAUCAGAGGACUCUCUCCCUAUCAUAGCCUCCUAAAUCUUCUCGUGGGGAAAAAAGGGGAGAAGAAAAGAGAGGGAAGAUGCCCUUCUGCUUUGCUAUACACUGGAGAGACAGCUACUGUUGGCCUUAGUGUUCGUGGCCACAGCUCAGAGGCUGGUGGGAUUCUUUGUUCUGGUUUUGUUGUGACUGUUUUGACACUGGAAAAUACUGACUGUGGGACAGUGGUAAGUGUGUGCUGGGGCAGGGGUGUUACCAGGCGGCAUUCCCUGGCUGUUAAGCCCCUAAAAGGGAGAAGCCCUUAAGUGACCGAACCACCAUUACGACUUUUCAGUGUUUUUUUUUUUUUCCUCUGUAUUUUGUUUUUGCACAUUGGAAACGAAGCUUAAGACCUGCCUGGGCCCUCAGUCACUUUGACCCUUUUAUGUCAAUUAACUUAUUUUUUUAAUACUUGAAAGAAGAUUCUUUUUUGUAUCUUUUAGGAAAAAAAUGGACGAGUGAUGGGUGUGUGUACCUGCUGCAUCCUACAACUUCCACUUCUAAAUUACUGGACGUUGUUACCUGUGGCUAUUUAUUAGUGUUCUUAUUAAUAAUUUGAUUGUUACACAUAUAUGAUUGUGGAGGGAGUGUUUUAACUCUGUUAGAGAAAGACACUACUGUGGAUUGGUCCCUGCUUCACAGCAAGGGCAGCCUUUAUAGACCCAUGGAUGCAUCCUGCCCUAGAAGUUUUCCUUCAUGACAAAAUCCUGCGCACUCAUGGAGUUGUAAGAAUCUAUUUGUGUUCCUAGCAUACUUUUCUUCUGCAUCCCAGAUUCCCUCUGUUGGACUAAUAAACCUAUAAUUUAUUUAAAUUUUACAUUUUCAUAACAAGAAAGCCAAAACUGUGAGGCAGAAAUAUCCCAUAUGUCCCUCUCUCACUGAAAGAGGGGACCCUCACACUCCUGAGAUACAGCUAGAGGGACUUCCAUGAAAACAAAAAUAGCACAUUUCCUGCUGCAUCUGUUGGAAGAAGCUCCUUUUGGCUCAGCUAGUGAAGCUGCUGCUUUUCAGCCAAGAGGGUACUCGUUGUAGUCAUCUGUUAAGCAAUGA